AUGCAGAAAGCGCUGAAAAUACUUAUCCCUUCAAAGGAUCGUCGAGCGAAGUCAACCUGUGUAUUUCAAUUCUGUCCCAGCUAUUGCCUAUUUCGACUUAAGACAAACGUUUGUCUGGACGGCUUUCGACGGUGGCCAGUUGCCCAGACCUGCCUACAGCAUGCCAGCAAAGCAGUUCCACCUCCGGUGGAUGUGGGCAAGCGCAAUCCUGGAUCUGAUCGUCCCUAA